UGGAGCAACGUCCGAUAACGACGGUGAGUUUGCUGGACCUUUUCCAAUUUUGUUAUUCGAUUAUUGCCAUCAUUAUUACCGCCCAGUGCUCAUGCCCACGCCCAUGCCUACGCCUAACGGCCAAUGCCCUGCGGUGCUUGGAACCCGCUGCAAGGAUUAUUGCUAGGUGCCUCUCUAGCCCGAGGCGGCCCCUGCAGUUCUCUAUCUUAGGGCACAUUGCAGCCCAAACGGGUAUCCCGACCGCUCUUCGGGCCAGAGCCUGCAGCCCAAAGUGCCUGGCCCUAGCCACUGCCAUGCGGCUGCACACUGCACUGGCACACUGCACUCAGUUUCUACCUGAGCCCAUGUCUCCCGAGCCACUGACAGGCCACCCAACAAGCCUUCCGAAGCCUCCCACUUAGCACACCCACUCACUGCACUGCAUCGACCAGACCCAUCAUCUUAUCUCUCACCCAUGUCAUGUCGUCGACCUGGUACUGCAACUGCAUCAUUUUUCUUGCGCCAUUACAAUUACCCACCGCAUCGUAAAUCUCCUCGUGCCAUUUUAACAUCUUGAAUUGUCAUAUGCUACCAGUGCCUGCGUCGAGCAAUCUGUGAUCUGAGAACCCUGACACAGUCUCCUCCCACUCUCUCUGUCGCCCUCUUCUAAUGCUCUCUACGUUCUUCAGCAGCAUCGCUCACGCGCACUCCUCCGCCUAAAUCGCAAGCAUUCGCCCGAAUGCUCCUCCGUUGCUGGUCAACAUGAACCAGUGUUACGUUCGUCAUUGAGUCAGAGGCCCUCCAGCAGUUCCAGUUCAAACACGCUCGCGGACCGCCAUUUGCUUCCCGGACCUACCUCCAAGGCGCCAGCCAUGGCUCUCAAGUUCCUGAGUGGCCAUAGUUCCCAUACCGGUUCCAGCAGCAGUGUCAAGUAUUUCGACAUCCGCCUUGACAAUGACUACAUCGUCUUUCGAGGCAAUGAGGACGAGGCUGCGAGUUCCCAACUCUCCGGUUCGGUCGUCCUGUGUCUCACGGAACCCUUGGCCGUGUCGCAUAUUGAUCUCACUCUAAGUGGGAUCCUGCACAUGUCAUGGCAGACCACGUCCACUUCUUCCAUGUCCGGCCGCCGCACCGCAUCCAAAGAGAAAACCUUUUUCGAGAAAAGUUGGACUUUCCGAGAUCCGGGGAAAGGGCGGUCGGAGAUUUUACAGCCCGACAAUUACGAAUGGCCUUUUCAGUGCAUUCUUGAAGGCUCCCUUCCGGAAAGCGUAGAAGGCAUGAAAGAGGCUUGGAUUAUAUAUCGUUUCAAGGCGCAAAUCAGUCGCAAGCGAGGUCGGGAUAUUGUGGUCAGGAAGCCUUUGCGGAUCGUCCGGACGCUCGAUUCCACCGCCCUAGAGCUUGCCCAUGCGAUGUCCGUCGAGAAUAUCUGGCCUAACAAAAUCGAGUAUUCUAUCAGCAUCCCCAACAAGGCGGUUGCGUUCGGCUCUUUUGUCCAGGUGGACUUCAAACUGAUCUCCCUACUCAAAGGUCUCGUGAUUGGCAAUGUUUCGACACAGGUGAAGGAAGAGCAAGAAUUCGUCGUCGACCCGGAAUGGGGUGUAUCGGCGCUCAGCAAUGGCCACACGAAAACCGAAAGAGUCAUCGCCUCGGACCUCUAUCGGAUCAACCCCGAAGUGGAUGAACAAAUUAUCGACGAAGUGGCCGAGGGGUAUCAAUUUUCUCGGUAUUUGGAGUUGCCCAAGUCACUAAACCAGUGCCUCCAGGAUUGUAAUGUCAAGGGCAUCAAAGUACGACACAAGGUGAAAUUUAAUGUCCAGUUACACAAUCCGGAUGGGCACAUCUCGGAAUUACGAGCCAAUCUGCCCGUCACCUUUUAUAUCUCACCCAGUUUACCCAUCAACGAGAACAAUGAUCUCGUAGACCAGACCCCACAAGCUUCAAGAGCGGCAGUCGCCAAUGAUCUGGCCAACUCAGCUCCGCCAGUCUACGGAAAACAUACGCUUGAUCAGUUAUAUUCGGACGUGGACGGUUACCGAACACCGGGGACAGCAUUGUCGACUCCUGGAACGCCCUACCUGCACAGUCGUCACGCAUCGUCGGAAAAUCUGGCCAGUCUUGCCGCCAUCACCAACGGUACCUACGUCUCACCCAUAGCUCUUCAGAAUAGGCUUCAAAAUCUACGGGUAGGCAACGCUUUUCCAACCGGCGAAGAUGAACUUGAUCCAUACCGGGCGGAUCCGACGGAACGAUCGAGGAGGAAUUCGUCUUCAGCCCAUGUGCAGGAUGAUUAUUUUGCCGCUCAGGACGCCCAGAAUUCUGGGUCUCAUGCUCGAGCCAGUCCCAACGACGUCGGAGGAGGAUAUCAAUCGGGCUUUCAGUCUCACACACCAAGCCUGCCCGGAAGUAACUUGAUGUCAAGGCGGACUUCGGAAGAGGAGGAUGGGCAUCAAUCUGGAGCACGGACUCCUUUCCCCCAGUACGACCACAUGGAAGAUCUUGCCAAGGUGCCUUCGUACUCGACGGCGGUGAAGACGCCCGCGCCGAGAACCGAUGAAUCGCGCCUGCUACCCACGUACGGGGCGGUGGUUAGCGAACAGACGACCCUGACCGAGCCUCCGACUGCUCAUGUCCGCAAUUCUCCGCGAGUCCCGGGAAGUCUGGCGUCAAGUCCCCCUGAUCCUUCGAUAUUGAGCAGCAAUUCUCGUUCGGCCUCGCAUAGGAAUGUGAGUGCUCUGCAGGAUGACGAACGGAGAUUACGCGUGAUGCAAAUGCGAGGGCGGUAAACUAAAACACAGCUGUUUGAUGAUUUUGGUUUAAUAGCAGAUGUUGCGCUUUGGAAAGGAAUGAUUUCGACGAUUUUGAGAAGAUCAAUACGCAAUUUUUAUGGCGGGCGUGGCGUUUUCAUGCAACAACGAUACCCGGUUGCGAGUAUUACGAAAGAGAAAGAGAGACACACGAAAAGGAGGUACAAUGCAGCAAGGAGGGUGAAAAAGGUGGUGAUACGGAGAAAGUAUAAUAUCGAGGAUAUCGCACGUGGCGGUUACGCACACUGCAUUCAAGUUUCAAUUACAAGAUGGCUGGCCUUCGAGACGUCCAUACGAUUGCAUACGCCCGGGCGUUUGUUUGCUCCAAUUGGCAGGGUCUGGACAUGGAUACCUUUACAUACAGUGCUCGAGGGAAGCAGCAUUUGUCUCGGUUGUCGGAUGCCCAGGACAGCUUACUACUAGUAGGUAAUAGGACUGGUAUGCACAACACCAAAAUACAAAUGAUAUCCAAAUGGAAUGAAGACUACGAUUUGGUUCAAAGUACCUACCAC